AUUGCAUCGCAUGAGCCCCAAGUCGCAGCCAGGUCGGCGGAAGCACGGCCGCGAUGGCUUGGACGUGAUCCAGAACCAUGUUCGCAUCUCGAUCGAGCGCGUGCAUCGGGCGCGGCUCCAAGGCCCAACGACGCGCCAACCAAAGGCACAUGUUGAAGAGCCGACGCAAGUCGCGGCGCUUGGACAGUAUCUCGAAGCUAAGAUGAAGGUAUCGGAGGCGUCCCAGGAAGAGACUGUGGCGGCGAGCCCACGCCGCCACCGCUGCGGUUCAGACAGCGCAUUUGGGCUCGAGUUCAAGCUGAGCCGAAUUUUGAAGCAGAGCAAGCGGCGCAGCGGCAUGCGCGUCGCCAAGCCCAACCUGGACCAGCGCUCCAAGCUGACCGCGAUCAAGUCACGGAACGGCGCCGCCGCACAGACCGUUGUCGCACGGCAGCGCGAGCGGGAGCACAACGACAACCCGCUCGGACUGAGCGAGAACGUUCUCUUCGCCUUCCGCGCCGUGGCCCACGUGUGGCUGGCGCGGAAGCGGCGCAAGGACCGCGCGAUGCGUGAGAACGUGACCAACAAGCUCGUUUUGCACCAAUCCCGCCCAAAAGAGCUGUCGCCCGCCGUCUUCGACAUCAUCAGCAAAAGCUUUGUGACGCCCGUGCCGGCACUUCAGUUCUUUGACACGGGCACCGAGAUGCCGCCGAUCCAGCGCCACAAUGAUGUCAUCCCGACACGAAGCGCCCUCGCCCCAAGCCCCCCAAGCGCGGCGCCCAUGCGCCCGGUAAAGCCCGCGACGGCGCCAGCAUCGCUCACGCCACGCGGCAUUUGCUACACGAUCGACAGCAGCGGCCACCGCCAGAGCAAGAUGCAGCACAGCGCGGAACUGGGCGCGCCGCGACGAGCCCGACCGCUCUACGCGUCCAAGCUCGCUGCGUCCAUGGACGAUGCGGUCGUGCAUACGCUCAACAAGCGGUUGCGCUGA